CAUGGAGAAUAAGUCUAAGAAAAUUGAAGAAUUAAUAACGAAUUUACACAACGCAAAAAAUGAUAAUGACAAGUUUGCAGGAUGUUUAUUCGCGGCUCAUGUUGUGAAGUCCGAUAAUUUAACAACGAGUGAUAAAAGAAAAGUUUUCACGGCAAUAGGAGGUUACUUCAUAGAGAGAUUGCUUAGAACAAAAAAUGUUCCCGAAGGCUGUGGAGAGUAUGUCUAUAAAGAUAUUGCUAUAAACAUUUUAAAGAGUUUCUCAGACGAUCAAGAAUUGAUAAAAGAAGAGUUUAUUGACUUUCUCCCCUAUCUAUUGACUAUUAUUAACCUUGUUCCUGAUAAUGAAGAAGCUAAGGAUACUGUAGAGAAGCUGAUAGAAAAUACAUACGAUUGUUUAAAUGCUAUAAUUCAAGCAUCCUUUAAUUCUUCAAAGUUUGAUAUAAAUGGUAUCAUCAAAUCUCUCUGUACAACUGUAAUUGCGCAAAACUUUAGUUAUACGAAGGCAUUGGAUUUGUUAGAAGCAUUACUACCGUUUCACACAGAAAUUCUCUGGACUGAAAUAAAUAUGCAUGAGUUCCAUAAAAUUAUGAGUCUAUUGUUAAAAUUGUUGGAAUCUGCAACCCCUAUCAAGAAAGUAGCAAGACUGAAACUCAUUCGAGUGUUUGUAAAUAAAGGUCCAUCAUUGGAUUUAACGGACUUAAAUAGACGGCAAUGGGCCAAUGACUUAUCUAUUGCUUUGUUAAAGUUUAUAAAAUCUAAAUUGACAGUUAAAGAUCGCCAACAAGUACUUAUGUUAGCAUCGGCUUGUGUUGGCAAGUAUGGUUGUUUAUGGCUAACUGCUACAAGCAUAGAAGAUCGAAAUAAAAUUAUAAUCUUACUGGCACGUCUGGCCUGUAUUGAAUAUCAUAUUUCUUUUGGAUCAUCAAAAGAAAUUUCUGAGGUUUACAUAGAUUCGAAUACUGAGUUAUACGUUACAAUGUGUUCUCUUAUGGCAAAUAUACUGGUAUAUAUAAUUGAAAAUUGUGAUUCAUUUACAGAUUCUGAACAGAUACGGCAAUUUAAAGAUGCUUUCGUGACCUCUAUAGAAGAUAUGUGCGCAAUAAUUGUAUCGAUUGGUGAGAAUAAUCAAGUAGCAAAUCAUAUUCACCCAAUUACCUUAUCAAGUUUGCGGGUAAUUGGAACAUGGGGCUCUGAAGAAACUGAUUUAACAAGUGAUCACUUGGUGAAAGCUAUUCCAUCAAUAAUUAAAAUAUGCGAAAAAUUUAGCCAACAAGAUCCUCCAACAGAUGCUUGGUCUUUUAUUCUAAGAAUGCUACAUUCCCUUAUAAUCUCUAAAGAAGAAGUUCGAGAAAGAAUUCUAAAAGCCUGCAUUCAUCUUAAAUUAAUUGAUAUGACAACUGAAAAGCUCAAAAGCAUUAAAAUUGAUAAGUCCUAUACCGAAAAUUUUGUAGAUGCAAUAAAUGCUUUUACUAUAACUGAUGCAUUGAUAAGUUUAGGCCUCAAAGAUCAGUAUCCUGAUGACAUUAUGAAAAAUUUUCUCUCCUAUUUACUAACCGACACCUUGUACUUUUAUGAAAGUCAUAUGUGGCUGGAAUUACUACUUAGUAAGGCAGCUCUAACGUUAAAGGUCUGCCAUGAAUGGAAUAGCUUUGACGACGACGUCUUUGUGAAGAAACUGUGUGUGUACAUUGAAGUCCUCUGUAAAAAUAUUUUAAAUAAUAUAUAUGAAACUAAGAGAUCGACGAAAAAAAAUCAAAGAGUGAAGACCAAAUUUUUUAUAUCAUUAAAAUUCAAGCCAUUUUACACAGAAAAUUGCCUUGAAAGAUUCUUAGAAAUUAUUGAAAAUAUUAAUUCCUUAAUUGAUCAACAUAAGGAAAUUAUUCAAAGUGUUAUUGAUUCUUCGUUAUUAAGUUCGCUUCUAAAGUUAUUGAGAGAUCUUUAUGAUGGAGAAUUAUGUAUGCAAGAUAUGGCAAAGAUUAUCGACAAUCUUCUUGUAAAUUGUCUCGAAAAAAGCAAUCAUGUAAGAGGCUUAGUUCUUACAAAGCAUAUUAAACUGGAGUGGCUAAGAUAUCACGGUAUGGUUAACUCUGGAAGAUAUAUAGCUCAAAUGUUAGAGGAAAGAGGAUAA